AUGUGUCCAGAUAUACCACUUCCACCACAGCCUGUCUUAACUCGUUGGUCGUCAUGGCUUGAAGCUGCCAUUUUUUAUUCAGAAAAUUUUCGAGCUAUUAAAUCGGUUAUCGACACUUUUGAUCAAGAUGAUGCAGUCUCUAUAAGAAAAGCACAAGAGGCAUUCUCUUCGAAAUCCGUUGCAAAUCAUCUUGCUUACAUCAAGUCCAAUUUUCAAGCAAUUCCUUUGACUAUCAAAAAGAUGGAGGGGCAAGGACUACCAGUAACCACCAUAGUGUAUCUAUUGGACGAACUUAAAAAGAAGCUGAGUGGCGCUUUGGGUGAAGUAGGGGAGGCUGUACUGCGGAAAUUUGAAGCAGUCAUGGCUAAAAAUCCAGGAAUUGAGAAGUUCAGAAAUGUUGCAAAAAUACUAGAAGGCUUAGAAGCAAAUAUUGAUAUUCCGCCAGAUAAGAUUGCUUCAUUGAAAUUUGCGCCUCUUCAAUCAUGCGAUGUUGAAAGGACGUUUUCAGUUUACAAAUCGAUUUUAGAUGAGAAGAGAACUAGUUUAACCGCAGAAAAUCUCGAAAAAUAUCUUAUUUGUAAUUGUGAACACAGAAAAUAA